AUGCUACUGGAAAUUCAUCAUGAUGGCAGUGACAGGUUGAGAGCGACAUUGAACAAAGAGUAUGGGCCACACAGGAUUAUAUCACAACAUAUUGAGGUUCCGGACCUUCAACACCACUGCAUCUCGCUGUUACAGUAUUAUAGAUCGAACUGUGAGCUCAACACGAUGGAAUCAAGCUUGACGGCAAGCAAAGUGGUGAUGUUCGGCAACCUGGUGAAAGCAUCUAGCUGCGUCGUGUUUCUCAUCCUGUUCAUCUUGGUAGCCAUUGUGAUUACGAGAAUACCGCGGACUUUACUUCGCUGUUGGACUGAAGAUUGCUCUUUGCGAGCACUUCUUCACAGUGACAGCAGCUUCACUCGAUACAGCAAGUGCGAUACUACAGCGGCAUUUUUUAUUGUGUAA